AUGUCUAGCGCUCGCAACUUGUCAAACGCAUUGCGGCGGGCACGCGUGCCUCGACCUCGCAUCAUCCUUCGAUCCGCUCUCCCUCACUCCCCGGUCGCGACCGGUCUCCGCAGCUUCAGCGUGAGCUCCACCGUUCGAGCGGACCGACAGAUCAAAUACACUAGUGACGCCUAUCCCAACGUCAAGCGCGAUCCCAACUUUGGUGAGCUGACGGCCGACGAUGUCGCCUUCUUCAAGCAGCUCUUGGGGUCACAAUCCGCCGUUGUGGAUGGCGUCACCGCCGAUGCCACCGACGAUAUCGAGCCGUUCAACAGUGACUGGAUGCGCAAAUACCGCGGUCAUGCACGGCUCGUCCUGAAGCCACAAAGUACAGAGGAACUGAGUAAGGUCAUGGAGUACUGCAACCAAAAGAAAUUGGCCGUGGUGCCUCAAGGAGGAAACACUGGUCUCGUCGGGGGCUCGGUGCCCGUGUUCGACGAGAUUGUCAUCAACACCUCCCGCAUGAACAAGAUCCAUUCCUUUGAUGAGGCUUCCGGUGUACUGGUUGUGGAUGCGGGUGUCAUUUUAGAGGUUGCGGAUCAGUACCUUGCAGAGCGCGACCACCUGUUCCCCCUCGAUUUGGGAGCAAAGGGAUCCUGCCACAUCGGAGGAAACGUCGCAACCAACGCUGGAGGUCUGCGUCUUCUGCGCUAUGGCUCUCUGCACGGCAACGUGUUGGGGUUGGAAGCAGUCCUGCCGGACGGGACUGUUGUUGACUCGCUUUCGACUCUCCGCAAGAACAACACCGGGUAUGACUUGAAACAGCUCUUCAUUGGCUCCGAGGGCACUAUCGGUCUCAUCACCAAGGUGGCCAUCAUCUGCCCACCUCGACCCAAGGCCGUCAAUGUUGCUUACUUUGGUGUGGAGAGCUUCGAGCAAGUGCAGCGGGCCUAUCGCGAGGCGAAGGGCCAGCUUUCCGAAAUUCUCUCUGCGUUCGAGCUUAUGGAUGGUCGCAGUCAACGGUUGGUGCAUGAAUCUACUGGCAACAAGCUUCCUCUUGAGAGCGAAUACCCAUUCUACUGCUUAGUCGAGACCAGUGGUUCCAACGCCGAGCACGAUAUGGAAAAGCUCGAAUCCUUCCUUGAGCAUGUCAUGGGCGAGGGGAUCGUGGCCGACGGUGUGCUGGCGCAGGAUGAGACCCAAUUCCAGUCUAUCUGGCGCUGGCGUGAAGGUAUUACCGAGGCCUUGAGUCACCUGGGUGGCACAUACAAGUACGACGUGUCAAUUCCUUUGCCCGAGUUGUACCAGCUUGUCGAUGACUGCAAGCAACGAUUGACUGAGAAGGGUCUGGUUGGCGAUGACGACAGCUUCCCGGUCCGCGCCGUGGUUGGGUACGGGCACAUGGGUGAUUCAAACCUGCACCUGAAUGUGGCCGUGCGCCAGUAUAACAAGGAAGUGGAAAAGGCGAUUGAGCCCUGGGUAUACGAAUGGAUUCAGAAGCGAAAGGGUAGUAUCAGUGCUGAGCACGGACUGGGCAUUGCCAAGCGUGAGUUCAUUGGGUACAGCCAAAAUGACACCAUGGUGAAAUUGAUGAAGCAGCUCAAGGCGCUGUAUGAUCCGAACGGUAUCAUGAACCCGUACAAAUACAUCUAA